AUGCCUGAUUUCCUGUCCACCCCUUCCUGUGCCACCGAGAUCUUCGCCAAAAAGCAGGGAACAAUCCAUGCCCCGAUGGCAACUUAUCGAUUUCCAUCCCGCUAUUACCGGUCUUACACGCACGCACUCUCUUGCCCUGUCUGCCGGCCGGCAUCUCCGUCUUUUCUUUUUAUUGUCCGGCCCGGGCCAGGCACAUGGCUGUCCACGGUCCAUCCCCUCUAG